AUGGCUGAACAAAAAGAGGAUAAAUGGUCAUCCGAGGCCUACCAGCACUCCGCCUCCUUCGUCCCCAAGCUGGCGACCAAGGUGGUGCAGUGGCUCGACGUGCAAAAGGACGAUGUCAUCCUCGACGUCGGGUGCGGUGACGGCGUCCUCGACGUCGAGUUCGGUAAGGUCCUCUCCCAAGGAAAAGGCUCCCUCCACGGCAUCGACGCCUCCCCAGGCAUGAUCUCCGCCGCCAAAAACGCCGUGUCAGCAGCUGGCCUCUCAAACUGCGAAUUCGAAGUCCUCGACGCAACAAAAUUCACAACCUCCUCAACACCAACCCUACACACCCCAACCUUCACAAAAGCCUUCUCCAACGCAGCCCUCCACUGGAUCCUCCGCCCCCCAGGCUCCCACAUCCCCGUCUUCACCGCCAUCCGCGACGCUCUCCUCCCAGGCGCUACCUUCGCCCUCGAAAUGGGCGGGCUGGGCAACGUAGCCGAGAUGCGCACCGCCAUCGUCAUGGCCGUCGCGCGGCGCGUGGGCAUGGAGAAGGCCGCCGCCGUAGACCCCUGGUUCUUUCCGGACGAAGAGUGGUUGAAGACGGUGCUCGAGAAGGAGGUCGGCGGGUGGGAGGUGUUGAAAGUUGAGCGGGAGUGGAGGCCGACGACGGCUGAUAAGGGCGGCGUGGAAGGGUGGGUAAGGUUGAUGGGCAAGGAGCUGUUGGAUGCGGUGCCGGAGGAAGGCGGACAGAGGGAGGAGACUGUGAAGGAGAUUGUGGAGGUGUUGAGACAUGUUUGUAAGAUUCCGGGGGAUGGGGAGAUGAUUAGCUAUGUGAGGUUGAGGUGUCUUGCGAGGAAGCUUUAG